UUAUAAAUCGUAGCCACCAAGCAACGUCCCCAAAACACCAGGAAACAAACAAUAAAAACCAACCGGUUUGCCAGUCAUCGGUCAGCCUCAGCCAUGAUCGACGAUAAAAAACAACUCGAUCGAUCCGCACAGCAUUCGAUCACGACCUUUGAUUUAGAUAGCUUGGAAAUCGUCACGGCUCUCGGACGAGGAGCCAAAGGACUGGUGUUUCUAGCCAGAGAUAACGUGAAUGAUGAGAUUUUUGCUUUAAAAGUGAUAUCGAAAGAUUCGAUCGAGAAGAUGAAUGCUAAAGCAGUGAAUAAUAGUAAUAGGAACGAAGGGAACGAGUAUAGAAGAGUUAGUUUUGAACAGGAAGUAUUGGGGAUUGUUGAUCACCAGCUUUUACCACGGUUGCGAGGAGUUUUGGCUACCGACAAAGUCAUCGGUUACGCCAUUGAUUAUUGUCCCGGCGGUGAUCUUCAUUCUUUGAGGAAGAAACAGACCGAGAAUAUGUUCUCCGACGAUUUGAUAAGAUUUUAUGCAGCGGAAUUGGUACUGGCUUUGGAGUAUCUUCAUAAUUUAGGCAUUGUUUAUCGAGAUCUGAAGCCUGAAAAUAUUAUGAUUCAAGAAAAUGGACAUAUCAUGCUUGUAGAUUUCGAUCUUUCCACGAAACUUUCUCCAAAAUCACCAGACAAAUCAAUGUCUUUCAAAUCAGUCCAUCAAAGUCCGACUGACUCGGUCAAGAAAAACCGGUUAUUUCCGUUUGUUAGGUGGUGUAACUCGGGAAUAUCUCCUGAAGACGCGGAUUCUCAAGCAAGCUUCAAACCGGAUUGUACAGAGUUAGACUCGGCAGAGAAAUCAAACUCAUUCGUCGGAACAGAGGAGUAUGUGGCGCCAGAAAUCGUAUCAGGUAAAGGUCACGAUUUUGCCGUUGAUUGGUGGUCACUAGGGAUCGUCCUCCACGAAAUGCUGUACGGAACGACGCCGUUUAAGGGAUCGAACGAGAAGGAAACGUUUCACCAAAUUUUAACGAAACCGCCGGAACUCGUCGGCGAACGGACGUCAUUGAGGUACUUAAUAAGAAAAUUAUUAGAGAAAGAUCCAAAGCAAAGGAUCACGGUGGAAGGAAUCAAGGAGCACGAUUAUUUUAAGGGAAUCGAUUGGGAUCUGAUCCUGCGAAUCCAACGGCCACCAUACAUUCCCGCACAUUCAGUGGAGGAAAUCACAGUGGCGGUCAAGGAUGGAAUAAAAGGACUCGAUGUCGAGUUGUUCGUUCAAGAGUUAUUCGCAAACGGCGAUGACGGUGACGGCGGUGAGAAGAACAAUAAAAGUAAACACGGUGAGAACGAUCCAGGGGAUUUAAACAAAAAUAAAUGCAAAUUCCAUCGUCCCGAACAUAAUCAAUUCUCUGUUUUCUAA